AUGGCGCAAAUCGACCAGAAAGUCAACAUUGAAUUCGUCGAGGAUGUCGAGGCCUCGACUGAAAAUGGAAAGGGGAUUGGAGGCAAAGAUGGUGGCCUUCUUGUCGAUGCGUCUGGGGAUAUUCUGCGAUUGCCCGUUCCUAGUGCUGAUCCCAAUGAUCCAUUGAAUUUCACCAAGUGGGAGAAGAUGGGUGUAAUUAUCAGUUGCUGUUGGUUUUCUAUCAUGUCUCUGUCCGUUGUUGGUGGUCUUGGGGCUAUCUUGGGUGUUUUCUUCGAGAUGUACAUACCUCAAGGUCACACAUCGACGGAGGUAGUUUGGCUAGGAACCUUUCCGUCACUGUUUGUCGGUGUGGGGAAUUACUUGAUCCUCCCACUUGGCCUUGUCUACGGUCGUCGACCGGCUGCCCUUAUCUCUAUCAUCGUACUUCUAGUUGCUACGGUGGGAUGCGCUGUGUCCCAAACAUUUGAGCAGCAUCUUGGACUUCGUAUCCUUCAGGGACUGGCCACCGGCGCGACUGAAUCGCUGCUUCCAUUAAUGCUCUCUGAAGUUACCUUCGUCCACCAACGUGGUCUCAUCUACGGCGUCUACUGGGCAACCCAGAACGUGGUGACCAGCGCUCUGAAUCUAGCCAGCUCCUACGAAGCAGCUGCGCUAGGAUGGCGAUGGUUCUACUGGGUCUAUGUAAUUGCUGUGGGUUUUGGUCUAUUCAUCGUCAUCUUCACCUGCUUCGAAACAAAGUAUCAGCGUCGUGCACAGAUGUUCAAUGGCCACGUAGUUGUGACGGAUCAUUUCGGUCAUACUCAACUACUUUCCGGCGAGCAGGCGCAAGCUUAUAUUCAGGCGCAGCAAGAUGGGGAUGAGGGGAUACCCGACGAAACGAUGGCGAAGAAGACAUAUCGCGAGAUGCUGAAACCUUGGGGCAAGCCCUCGGGUCAUCCGAUACGUCUAGUCCUGACUUCUUGGUUUCAUAUGUUCGAGGCUUUCAGCUCACCUGGUAUUUUAUACGCCACGCUUUUAUCCUCGGUUGUGCUCGGAUCUUCGAUUGGAAUGUCCCUCACUUACGACGCAGUUCUCCAGGCCUACGGUUGGCCUGCUCAGAAUGUUGGUCUGAUAAACCUGGGGGGAAUAUUUGGUGGAUUUGGCGGGAUGUUAUACGCUGGUGCUUUCGGUGACUGGUUUAUCUUGCGCAUGGCGAGGAGGUCUGGCGGUGUUCACACGCCGGAACAUCGAUUGAUUCUGCUCGUUUUCCCUGGUAUUCUCACCGUGGUUUCACUCCUCCUUUAUGGUUUUACAACGGAGGGGUCGACAUGGGGUGGGCCGUAUAUGGGAUGGACGCUGCUUCAGAUAGCGUUUGUCUCGGUGCUUAUUCUCUCGACAUCCUUCGCAGCAGAGGCCUGGGAGAAGAAUCCCGGUCCAGCACUUGUUGCUGUGGUCGGUACGAAGAACAUCAUCUCUUUUGGGAUCAGCUAUGGGUUGAAUCCAAUGAUAGAGAAGUAUAGUUAUCCAGCUGCGAUGGGCAUUCUAGCUGGUGUCUGUGGGGGUGUUUUCCUACUGGGUAUUCCGGUGUACUUUUUCAAUCCUGCGUGGCGCCGUUAUAUGCAACGCCGUGAGUCGAAAUAG